ACCAGAACGAAGCGAGGAGAAGCAGCACCGCCCAUAGACAUACACUCACUGCACCGUUACACCUGUUAUUUCUGUAUUCGCGGAUAGAUCACAGACAAGACGAUGGUGUAGGCGAAAGUAGAUUUUUGUCUGCGUAAAUUGGUGAAUGUAAUUCCUUUACAUUGACCGGUUGGUGAGCGCGCAAGCGGCGCCCGGUUUUUCCGUCCCGACAACCGCCUCCUCUUCGAGAGAUACGUGCCGAUGCGAUUCUUCAGACUCACCUUCAAGUGUUUCGUGGAUUGUUUUUGAAGGUGCCCUUUGAAGUCGGUGAUAAUUUUUUGUUUCAUUUUUCGCGCGAUCCUCUUCCACAUCUUAUUUACGGUUAUUUCUGCGGACACUUCCCCAAGAAACCAGACUGAAAAAAAAAAAAAUAUAUAUAUAUAUAUAUAAAAACAAAAAUAUAUACAUAUAUAUUAAAUAAUAACAAUCUUGACUUGAUAAAUAUAAAAAAACGGACCCUUUAUUAAAAGAACAGUCAGAGGACCAGAUCCUGUUAACCCUUUAACAGAUUUGAACAGAGAAGAAGGACAUCUUGGUGUCAAUAAAGGAAACUGACACGAACCAUACAGAUAAAAAGGAACAAAGAGAUUUGGGAUUAUUUGCAAUCCCAGAGGCAUUGACUAAUUAUUAUUACAUUAUUUUUUUUUUUUUUUUUUUUUUUUUUUUUGGUGAACUUGUGUGUUUAGGAUGGACAAGAGGAAAACGAGCGCACUUGGCUCUAACUGCAGCGUGGUAGAUAUGGGGACGGAGAGCUGCGUUCUGGAGAACCCGGAGGAGAGGAAAGGCCACUUCAUUCCCAUCGGGAACCCCCAGGCCGCGACUGGCUCUAGGAUCAUCGCAAACGGCGAAAAGAAGCCCGUUCAGCCGGAGAGAGAGACAUGGUCCCGGCAGAUGGACUUCAUCAUGUCCUGCGUGGGCUUCGCCGUAGGUCUGGGGAACGUGUGGCGCUUCCCUUACCUUUGCUACAAAAAUGGUGGAGGAGUCUUUCUCAUUCCCUACGUUUUGUUUAUAUUCUUCGGUGGAAUUCCUAUCUUCUUUCUGGAAAUUGCUCUGGGACAGUUCAUGAAGGCUGGAAGCAUCGCUGUGUGGAACAUCGCUCCACUCUUUAAGGGACUCGGCUAUGCUUCCAUGGUUAUAGUGUUCUUCUGCAACACCUACUACAUCAUGGUCCUGGCAUGGGGUUUCUAUUACCUCAUCAAAUCCUUCACCAACAUACUGCCGUGGUCCACCUGCACAAACUACUGGAACACUGAGAACUGCAUCGAGUCCUUUCACCAGGACGCCUGUAAGAACGGCUCCAUCGGCAACUUCACCUUCCUUAACAAGACCUGCGCGGAGUUAGAGAACUCCACCUCUCCUAUCGUCGAGUUCUGGGAAAAUAAGGUGCUGCAUAUCUCCGCUGGCUUGGACACUCCGGGUCAGAUCAACUGGGAGAUGGCGCUGUGUCUGAUGGCUGUCUGGGUGAUGGUAUACUUCUCUGUCUGGAAGGGUGUAAAGUUUACAGGAAAGAUUGUCUAUUUCACUGCCAUGUUCCCUUAUGUUGUUCUGAUCAUUCUCCUGGUGAGAGGUGUGACCCUACCUGGGGCCUACAGCGGUAUCAUAUACUAUCUACAACCGGACUGGUCAAAGCUUAAACAUGCACAGGUCUGGAUCGAUGCCGGCACUCAAGUAUUUUUUUCUUAUGCCAUCGGACUUGGAGCCCUGACUGCUCUUGGCAGUUAUAACCGAUUCAACAACAACUGUUACAGGGAUACGUUUCUGUUGUCACUGAUAAACAGCGGCACCAGUUUCUUUGCUGGCUUUGUGGUAUUUUCCAUUCUGGGCUUCAUGGCUGCUGAGCAGGGUGUGGACAUCUCAAAGGUGGCUGAGUCAGGGCCGGGCCUGGCGUUCAUCGCGUACCCUAAAGCCGUGUCCAUGAUGCCUAUGGCACCGGUCUGGGCCGCACUCUUCUUCAUCAUGCUGCUGUUGCUGGGGCUGGGUAGUCAGUUUGUUGGUGUAGAAGGCUUUGUAACUGGCAUCCUGGAUCUGCUCCCUUCAAAUUUUUACAAGCGAGAAUUCACUGUAGCGAUCUCCUGCAUAUUGAGCUUUGUUAUUGAUCUCUCCAUGGUUACACAGGGAGGGAUGUAUGUCUUCCAGCUUUUUGACUAUUAUUCAGCCAGUGGAAUGACCCUGUUGUGGCAGGCAUUCUGGGAAUGCGUGGUUGUCGCCUGGGUUUACGGUGCUGAUAAGUUUAUGGAUGACAUUGCCCUUAUGAUCGGUUACCGGCCUUUCCCUUGGAUGAAGUGGUGCUGGUCGUUUCUUACUCCAUGUGUUUGCAUGGGAAUAUUUGCGUUCCAACUGGUGAACUACAAGCCUCUAACCUACAACAAGGUGUACGUGUACCCGUGGUGGGGGGAGAUGAUCGGAUGGUUCAUGGCUCUCUCCUCUAUGCUCUGCAUCCCCAUCAGCGUCAUCUACAAACUCAUUACAGCCAAAGGAUCUUUCAAACAGCGCUGGGAGUUUCUGACCAAACCGGUGUGGGGAGCGCAUCAUCUGGAGUACAUGGCACCUGAAGCGGACGCCAGAAGCCUGUCCUCAAUGUCCCCGGGAACUGAAGACAACAAGGUCAUCAUCUUCGAGAGCGGCAUGUAACCUUCAAGAUCUGGGGAUCCACCGUGGAGCCGAAGACAAGCCAAUAAUAAAGCUACCUUGAUUCUAAUUCCAAUUGUUUUACACUAACCUGAAUAAAAAGUUGUUCUACUAUAAACCGAUGACACCUACACGUCAUCGGGGAACAACUUCCAGGGUUGAAAUUGCUGCUUUUUCUAUUUCACUCCUCUAACUCUGUACGUUUUUCACAGCACAUUAUUAGCUUGUCGUCGGUUUUAAGGGAUUUAAGCGAGAUGCACAGCAGGAGAGGGAGUCUAGCUUGGUGUAGAUCUUUCUUACCAUCACCUCCUCAGGGCAGAAUUCCCACAAUCCUCCUCGUUCGGCCUGGCACAGGUAAACACUACUGAUCUGUGUGCCGGUUAUAUGAGGAGGAUACCCACAAUGGAGGAUGUCCAAUUAAACCUUCGCCCAGUUAGACGUAGACACACAGUUGGGUCCAUGUAUUGAAAUCUAAGGGCCAAACUAGUUUCUCUCUCAUUACAUUCUCCCUUCUUUAGUCUAACGUUAUAUAGUAUUACCUAGAAUACAGCGUAUUUGUGUAUAUUUAGGUCAGACCAAUAACGUAUCAUAAAAUACGACAAAAAAAGUGUUUAAAAUUCAAAUAGAAAAGAAAUAGUUGAUCAUUUGUUUUGUUUUUUUGUUUUUUGUUUUUUUUUAAAUCGACUGACCAGUGAGGUACGAAGAUCGUACAUGAAACAAUUCCUUUUAUUGUACAGUCUAUAGAGUUAGGAUUUGGUUUUUUUUUUGUUGUUUUUUUUUAUUGAAUGCGUCUGCAGAAAACUCACUUUACGUGCCAAACAGUAUACAUCCUUCUUCUCUUUGAGAAAAGAAGGUCUCAUUGCCAUAAAAGAUCCAGAUCUCACCUGCCGAAAUUUAGUUUUUGGUUAAGUAUUUGUAUUUUAUUUUAUUUUAUUUUUAUUUUAUUUUUUUUAUUUUAUUUUUUUUUGAUAAAACAGCAUCACUUCUGCAUUUUGCACAUUUUUUUAAAAAAAAAAUUUGUUUUAACUAACACUAAAUUCAGAACAGGCUUCAUUUUCCAGCAGAGACGACAAGAGCGUAUUUAACAUGCAAUGCACGAUCUGGAAAAUUGGCUCAAACAGCAAAAAAUUCUUUUUUUUACAAAUGAUAAAAUCUUAAUUCGCAAAUAUUCUAAAACACUAAAAUGUUUCGUACAAAUGUUUAUCGACACCCUUUAAUUUCUAAAAUUAGACUUUUAUUCUAUAUAAUCUAUAGAAAAUAAUUAAAAAAAAAAUUCUUUUAAACACAGAUGAUUGAUCGGUACGCAGACAUUUUAUCAUCUAUUCUAUCUUGUUUGGCUUUAAACUUAAAGCCUGUUAUAACACUCCUGUCGUGUAAUAGUACUGAAUAACAUGAAACCUGUUCAGAAGUAAUAUACGAUCCGAGUUGUCGGGAAAACCGUUGCCAAACUUUGCCUUUUAUUGUUCGUUUUAAUGUAAGAGCCCAUUGGUAUCUACAUGUAUAUGGGGAUAAACUGCACUGUGGGAAUUCUGCCCUCUUUACCUUACUCUAGUAUACAUUAGAAUGUAUACAAAUCUUUAGAAUGUAAAAAAAACAAAAACCAAAAAAAAACACAACAAAAGUAGAUGUUAAAUUUUAAUCGUAAUUUGAAUCUUUUUGUUUUACAUAACGUGAAAGAGAUCAGAGAUUUAUUUUGUGAAGGCUUUUAUUUUGCUGAUAUACAUCUGUUUAUAUAUAUAUAUAUAUAUAUAAGCAUAAAUAUACAUAUUGAAUAUCUGUGAGUUAUAUUUUAAAAGUUUGCUGCAGGAUGAAUUUUUGAUAGCGAUAUGACCGAGCAAAGGGAGUUAUUAAAGAUACGAUUGAGUGGCGUUACAGAGAAAUAUUAUACGACACUUCAUGCUGUCUAAGUAUCAAGCUCGUGUAUGUGUGUGUGUGUGUGUGUGUGUGUGUGUGUGUGUGUGUGUGUGUGUGUGUGCGUUUGCGUUAUGUGUUAGAUUUCAGUAUUUUCCAGCUGACCACCCAGGGACCAAACACAACAGAUAUGAGUCUGAUUCAGAAGAUACGAUUAACUCCUGUUUGAUAUUCCACUUAUAAUCACAACUCACAUACGCGAUCGUCUCAUCGUCCCUGUAGCUUUAUUCAUUAUAAUAGAUCUGAAAAAACAUCUCAGAAGAUACAGCUGAGUGCAAAAGUUUGUACACCCUCAGAUAAGUUAAAUAGGUGCUCUUUAAUUACACGAGUAAUACAAAUUUUAAAAAAAAAAUUUAAAUAAAAUAAAAAUAAGAUGUCUAUUGUCUAACCCUAACCCUUACUUAACAUCCUAUUCCUUGGUGAAUUGUAUAACUGCCUCCAACCCCUUUUUUAGCAAGGACACACACAGGGAGUGUAAACUUUCGCACUUCACCGUACCACUUUUGAUCAAAUAAUCCGAUCUAAGAGUCUCUAGGCUUCUGCACUCUUCUUCCCAAGAACUUUUCAUCAAACUGUAACCAGCGAAGCAAAUCACACUAAUUACACAUUUAUAGUUUUUUUUUUUUCCCCAAAUUUAUGUGUGUAUUGUAACAUAUGUAAGACACAAGCGAUGGAUGAAUCAGAUUAAAACCAGCCAGCAUUCGAAAGCACCUUUAAAGCAGUAUUUUCCCGAGAAACUUAGUGAGCUUAGUGAAACUGCCUGUAAUGUAGCUCGAAAGUGUAUCUGGGCCUAAAGUAUUAACCAGGCUGAAAAGUUUUCCCCUUUUUUAUUUGACAUACAGUCACACACACACACAGUAUGGCCACUUUAUUAGGAACAGUCACAUUCACUGAACCUCAUAACCUGCAGCUACAUGAUCGCCUAAUAAAGUGGUCUUUAUAUUCCAAAUAGAAAUUAAUCUGUUAAUCGUCCAAGUUAAGGAUCUGGUUCUCCUAUUCAUUCAAACAGCACCCUGGGAUGGUCAGCUGAUCAAAUUGUUGUGUAGUCAUUGUAUGUAGAGAAGUAAAGAAACAACAUGAACAUCACCAAAAAAAAAGGAAAAAAAAGGUGUUUUUGACAGUAGCUUUGUCCCAAAGACUUGCUCACUGCAAAUGAACCGCGGUUCGUUCUAGUUAACGUAGUACCGUAAUUGAGAAAGUUUUCUUUAAUCAAUAAAUUUUUACUUAAUGAACUGAUUAAUAAUUAAAUAGAUUAAAAAGAAUCAUUUGGAUGAUUUCAUCUAUAUUUUUAAAUGAACUUAAAAAACUAACUUUUACUCAUCUAUAUAUUGAACGUUGAUAAAGAACUAAAACUGUAAUCAAAAUCUAACAACUCAACAUAUGAUCUGUAUGUUUUACAAGUUACAUUAACCAGCAGUAAUUAGUUAUUGUUCUCCUUUUUUUUUUUUUUUUAAAUAAAAACUAUUGUUCUAUUAGAAAAGCAAUGUUUUAUAAAGAGAUUUUAUUGUGAACUCUUUUCAUAAAUCAACUCAUAGUUCAGACUAGUUUCAUAGUUCAGAUUCAACACUUUUGGCUAAAAUGUUUUAAACCUAAAUCCAGAUUUGUUCAUUUCUUGAUAUUAUAGAGCACAUGGUAUAUAAGCGGUAGCCAGAAACACUAAAGAUUUGGGUAAGGUUACUGUCUGAAAGAUUCUCUUUUUAACAUAGUUAACUUAGUGUUUAACUCUUUCAUUGUUGUGCUUUGUGACAUGCUGUGAGCUGUAACCACGGUCUUCCAUUCGUAAGCUGAAGUAGUAAUAACAUAACAACUCGUGCUGUAAAAGUCAUUUGCUCAUGCAGGAGUUGAUCACUGAUCAUUGAUGAUGUUGAUGUAUGAAGGGCUUCAUGCUUUAUACCACUGUGACUGUGUUCUGAAGAUCCGCUCACCCAUAUCGAAGCAACAACCGGCAAUAAACAAACUAACUCCAUGGCAA